AUGUUUUUAAAGAGUAGUUCAAUACUCGAUUAAUAAAAACUUGUUCUUGCUAAUUUCUUGUUGUGUUGUUUGCUGCUCAUAAAGUGCACUGCUACUCUCAAACGGUUAGUUUCUCUAGUUAACGUUGAUUAGAUUCCCGAGUUUGCUCCCUGGCCGAGCCCGAGUAUAUACUUGAGUAAGUUUUAAUGUGCUCCAGUCUCAGUUUUUCCAUGACAGCGGUCAGAACACGUGCUCCCCGUUGCAAUGAAGAUCAGGGGUCUGAUCUUCUCCGCUCUAUUUCUCAACCUAUCAAUAGUAUUGGGCUCGAAUGUCCCUAGCCAAAAUUGCGAUAAAUAUUCUUCUUACAACAAAAAUUCAAUUGGGAAAUACAUUGAUGUUAUUACUGCGUCACAGACGGAAAACCAUAGUAUUGAGUGGAAGGUGAUCUUCAAUGCUAAUCAAACUGGACAAGCAUUUUCUUUGAAGAACCAUUCAUUAGAAAAUGGAGAAUCACAAAAAGCGUUUGUGAGUUUUCAAAACUUUGGCGACACUUUGCCCAAACUUCUUCGAUUUGAGCUCAAUGGAGAAGUGGUCUGCAGCAAUCAUGGCUUCGAUACUUCGUCGAGUGUUAUGCCACGAUAUCACCGUAUACCCAGAGCUACUGAAAUGAAAGAAACCCAAAACAUUCGACGUUUAUCGCCUCCCCAGCCCCCUUCCUGGGCAGUUAGAAACGAGUCUGGUUUUUUUAUAAAUGGGGUGUUGCAGCCGGAGGAACAGUCGACCACUACGCUUAAGCCUCUUUCUUUUUCACUACUGGCCCCAGCAGCGUACUACAACUCUACUGGGACAUAUUACGAUGGGGUGCUGCAGACAGAGAAACCAUCGACCGCUACGCUUAAGCCUUUAGCCAUUUCAAGACUUGGCCCAGCAGCGUUCCUCAAUUCUACUGGGACAUAUUACGAUGGAGUCUUGCAGACAGGGCGAUCACCUGACUUUGUUCCCCGUGUUGUUGGAGACUUUGAUGAGUGCGGAAAGGAGGGCUUUGCCACCGCCCAAAUUGGCGGGGAGGAAUUGACCCGUGGCCAGUACCCCUGGCUGGUUGCCCUAUAUAGCGGCCAGGAGUCGGUAACAUACAAGUGCGUGGGGUCUCUGAUCUCGAAACGGACUGUGAUUACGGCGGCACACUGUGUUUUUAACCAGAGUCCGGGAGACUUGUGGGUAUAUUUAGGUCGGCACGACCGAAGUCUGAAUACCGAGGCUGAAGCUGAACUGGUCGGGGUUUCCUCCGUGCACACUCCACCGCAGUACAAUUCUGUGCCGGAUGCGGACGUUGGACUCCUGAUCUUGACUAAGUCGAUAGUUUACACCAGGUACAUUCAACCUCUAUGCCUGUGGACUUCCGAUCUUACAAUACCUGGCAAUGAAGGCGAGUUAGGAGCAGUAGCUGGCUGGGGAUUGGACAUGAAUGCCCAGAAGACGCGCUUUCCUAAAUCUGUUUACGUCCAGCUAGUUGAUCGGGAUCGAUGUCGAUACAAAAUGCCACGAGCUGAGGAUUUUAUUACCGAUCGGACUGUCUGCGCGGGAAACUCACGUGGCCAUGGUCCCUGCUUCGGUGAUUCGGGAGCGGCACUGAUAGUCCUGCGGAACAACCGUUGGGUUAUCCGGGGAGUUGUCUCUUUAUCGCCACGGCUGGGCGUUAUUUGCGAUCUUAGCCAAUAUGCCAUUUACUGUGAUGUUUCUACGUAUGUCGACUGGAUUCGUGAGCAUAUGGUAGUGUGA